AGUGUUCUAAAAUUAGACUAUAGUGAUAAUUGUCCAACUCUGUAAAUAUACUAAAAACCAUUGAACUGUACAAUGGGCAAACUCUAUGGUAUGUAAGUGAUAUCUCAAUAACGCUGUUAAAAAUGAAACUGGAAGUGGUUCUGGCAGCCUGUGGUCCCAGGUAAGCUGGGCCUUUUCUCAUCUAUUAUAGAAGGGGAAGAGCAGUUCAAACAACUCAGGCAGAAAGUCUAACAGGCAUACAGCAGCAGAGACAAGGACCAAGUACUUAUCCUAUUGCUUCAAGUUUUUCCAGAUACCUGAACAGGAGGACUUGUCUAUUUAUGGAGAGAACUAUGUGCUUCCUGACUCUAAUGGAGAGUGGCCAGGCCCAGGAACGUAGAUGCCCAAAUACAAGUAACCAACCCAUAGUCCUAAAACGUAUUGCUAAAAACAAAUUUUGCUCUUAUGUUCAAAUGCCUCAUUCAUGGCUAAAUUUAAAUUAGUGUGUAGGAGUCAAAGUGCAUCAGUCAAUUUUAUAUUCAGGGAUCAUAGGUUGUCCAGUGGGAAAAGGUCACUUACAAAAUGGAGAUGGAAGAGAUAGCCCAGCCUCCCAGAGUGCUUUUUCUUGAAAACCCUUACCAAUAAAAAUUAAAUAGCAGUUUAGGUUAGAUUAGCCAAGAGUAAGGGGAAUAAAGGACAUAAGGACAUUUUAGCUUACAAACACAUUGUUCUCCUCAUCUCCUUUCUAGCUCAAGUCUUGCUCUCACUCCUGGCCCCUGAUUAAUCUAACAACAUGGCCUCUCGGUCCUCAGGGUUCUCCUCUCCUCUGGUUCAGUCAUUAGUGUCUUGGCUACAUGCUGCACCUUUCACCACCCAGAACUGUUCUUUCUAUGAAAUAAUAAUUUCAGAUCUCUCCCUCUGAGAACACAAUCUUUUGUGCCUUUACCCUCCCAUUCUGCUAUUACUAUCACAUCUUGUCUUUGACCUUAUCAGAACCUCCAUUCCACGAUGCUGCUACCACCUACCACCCCUUCCUGCUUUAAUUUCCUUCCUAUGCAGAUGAUUCCCUGGUUUAGCACUCCCAAUCACUCUCAAACCCAUAUCUUCAAUCCCCUUGUUCAAUUUUCCUUCACUAAAACCACCUGAUAAAACUCCACAUGAGAUGAAUAUAAUCGUCUCCCUCCUCUUCUGUUACGCCUGGGAUGUUACACUCUAUAAGACAAAACUUAGAAAUUACCAAUCCUAUUGCUACUAAGUUUACCAUGUUCAAACUUAAUUGGGUUUUCAAAGCCAAGAAAUCCUUGUAGAUUUUCCUAAUCAGCUUUCUCUUCUAUUCUCCAUAACAACUACUUCAAACCUAUUUAUCUUACUUUAAACUUCUCACCUUACUAAGUACAUACCCCCUUACAGUGGACAAACUUGCCUAAUUUCUUACAUAGAAUCCAUCAGAUAGGAAUUCUCUCAAUUUCCUGUCCCCAAACGUAUACCCUUGAUAGCAUCUGUACUUACAGUUUCCUCUGCUGAGGUCCCUUGCACCUAAGUCCAAUCCUGGACCCUAUAUUUAACCACCUUCUAGGGGCUUCACAUUGCUUAUAUCCUCUCUUGGGUAUCUUAAUUUUCUCUCUCUACUGAAUACUACAAAUUAGCCUUUUAAAUGAGUUCAACUUUCUCUAGACUUAAAAAACAACCCUCUUGAGUCUAAAUUCUCCUCCAGAUACCAAUCUAUUUCUUUCUUUUGCAGCCAACUUUCUUGAAAGGAUUGUCGUUUUUACUUCCUCACCCUCCUUAUUUUUAAACCAAGAGUAAUCUAAUUUUCAUCAUAACCACUCUACUGAAACUGCUAUUGUAAAGGUGAUCAUAGAUUUUUGUAUAUGUUAGCUAAGGUUAUAUGACUGAAACAAAGCGGUGCAACUACCCAGUGGCUUGUAAGUCUGUAUCUCUUUCCUGUGACGGUUCUGAUGUAAAUGAUUGGGUAGAAUGGGGCAGGUUUGCUCUUUUCAGUCCUUCUGGAACCAAAUUUUGUUCCAAGUAAUUGCUCCUACAUUCCCUGUUGCAAUGUCAUAAUCUGCAUGACUGUAGCUGUCACUGCCUCAGCUGGGUUCUAGCUGGCUUGUGGGGGGUGGAGGGAGACACAUCCAGAUGUCUUCCAUUCCAGACCCGGGAGUGGCAAACAAAAAUUCUGUGCAACAUCCAUCUGUGAGAACUUAAUUCAAUCAGUCACACUAAACUACGGGGGAGGCUGGGACAAGCUAUCUGUCUGAGGAGCCAUGUGCCUGGCUACAGUUCUAUUAUGUAAAGGAAGGGAACAGAUUUUGGCAGACAUCUAUCAGAAUCCUCCCCAAUGAUCAUCUUCUUGAAUCCCAUGGAUCACUUUAAUAUUUCUUUUUCUUGAGUUUUCUGAAGCAUUUGUUACAUUUGAUCUUCAUCCUGUCCUUGAAAUGCUUUUUGCCUUUGGUUUCAUGAUUCUGCCCUCUGGGACUUCCUCGUCUUUUAAAAGAUACUUCUUUUCCCCUCACCUCUAACGACAGUGUUUCUCAGAGUUCUGUGCUAAGCCUCUUCUAUUCUUACUUGACACACUUUAGCUUGGUUAUCUUAGAGCUCUCAUGGUGUCAAUCACCAUAUACAUGCUGAUGAAUCCCAAAGUCCGUAUCUCCAGCCCAGAUUUAUGUCCUGUGCUUUGGUUUUAUUUGGACACACUCACAAAUAUACAUAGGCAUGUGUGCACGCAUCACACAUACACACAUACAUAGCCCACAGGUACUUACCUCAGUAUCAGCAUGUCCAAAACUGACUUCAUCUUUUUCCACUUCAGUUCAGUUUUGUUUCUUUUCUGUGUUCCCUGUCUUAACGAAUGACACCACUAGCCAUCCAAUUACCCAUCCAGAGGCAUGUUAAUCAUCCAUGAGUCUUUCCUCUUUUUAUCCCAUGCAACCUAUCGAACACUGGGUCUUAAACACUAUCUCCUAAAUGUCUUUCUAAUCAUCUCUCUUCUCCCCAUCUACACUAGCAUUACCCUCAUCCAGGCUACCAUCAUCUCCUAACUGGCCUCUCUAAUUCUAGUCAGUCCCCCUGAAAUCGAUUCUCCAUACAUCAGCCAAACUGAUUUUCCGAAAAUGCAAAUAUGAUCAUGUUAAUUGAUUGUUUAAAAUCCUACAUUGUAUUUUAAUUGCCCUUAGGAUAAAUUUUGAAAUGCAUGAUGUAACAUAUAUAAUCAUUUAUGUUCUUACCCUGAUUUUUCCCCCAAUCUUAUUUUUAAAUUCUCCUCUUCCCUGGUUUAAAGUUCAAGGCAUACUGAACUUCUCUCUGUUCCUCAAAAUAUCUGUCUGAAACACUCCUCCUUCUCCUGGUUAGCUCCUUCAGAUCACAACUUAUAGUUUACUACCUCAGGAAAGCUUUCAGUGAUGUCCAAAAAUUCGGAUUAGAUUUUAUUUAUUUUUAACAGGCAUUUAACUAGCACUUACUAGCCACUCUGUUGAUACUAACUCAUUAGAUUCCUAUGAUUGUAAUCCUAGGAGGUAAAUACUGUUAUUACGCCUAUUUUACAGGUAAGGAAACAAAGGUACAUAAUUUGGCUAAGACUGAAGAUGGUCAGUGGCAGAACUAGGAUUCAAAUGUAGAUCUUUUGGUUCCACAAUCCAUGUCCAUAAUCACUACAGUAUGCUACCUUCUAGGUACAAGAUGUCCCUUCUAGAUAUUUCUAUAUUACUCUUUACCUAUACAUACAUUGUGGCAUAUUUUAAUUAGUUGUCUGCCAAAUUUUCUAGCCUGUGAGCCUCAGAAACACAAGGAUUAUCUCUAUCUAUUUAUGCCAUGUCCUUACAUGUGUAUUUAAAAAAUACAUUAGUGAAAAAAGUAAAGACGUUACUAACUAUAAUUGACUGAAUUCAACAAGUAUUUACAAGAGCGGAGGAGAGAAUAUAUUUGCAAUUACUCAAGAAAUGGCCUACAUAAAAUAUUAUUUCUUUGGUUCAGGACAUUUUAAUGGAGUCUUCUUGUCAGGCAUUCAAAACAACAGUAAUUAAAUGCAUUAUAUGGACCUUGUUUGGAUCCUGAUUCACACAAACCAACAGUAAAAACAUUUUGGAGAAAACUGGGGAAACCCAAGCACAGACUGUGUAUAAAUUAUAUGAAGGAAUUAUUGCUAAAUUUGUUGAUUAUGAUAGUGGUAUCAUAGUUAUAUUUGAAAAGUCUUUAUCUAUGAGAGAUAUUUAGUGAAAUAUUUAGAGGUAAAAAUAUAUGAUGUCUUGGAUUUGCUUUAAAAUACUACAGAUGUAUUCACAAGUUACUUGUUCAAAGAGAAAAAAAUUUUACUGAAAAAGAAUUCAUGGAAACACAUGGUGGCGCUGCAGGAUAAGAUGAGAACGAUGCAUGGACAACACUGUGGGCUCCAUUAUUCAGGGGAACAGAGAACAUCCAACCCAACGAAAAGAGAGCUAUUCAAGAGGCUUCACCUACAGAGCUGCUGGAGGGCUAUUUACCCUCCAGCGCUUUCCUGUUAAAAAAUCAGGGCUUCAGCUUCCAAAAUUAGGGCUGGACUUAACAUUUUUCACAGAAGACGUUGCCUGAAGGAACCAUGGCGAUCAGAGGGGCGCUGGCUCUGCGGAAGAGGCAAGUCCUGAUUCUCUUUGUUUUGCUGGGAUUGUCUCAGGCGGGUCCUGAAUCUGUGCGCUAUUCUGUGGCAGAGGAAACAGAAAUUGGCUCUUUUGUGGGCAAUCUGGCAAGGGAUCUGGGGCUUGGGGUGGAGGAGCUGUCCUCACGGGAGGCCCGGGUAGUGUCUGAUGACAAUAAAAAGCAUUUGCACCUCGAUUUGCCCACCGGGGAUUUGCUCUUAAAUGAGAAACUAGACCGAGAAGAGCUGUGCAGCUCCACCGAGCCCUGUGUGCUGCAUUUUCAGGUGGUACUGGAAAACCCUUUACAGUUUUUUCGGGCUGAGCUACAUGUCAAAGAUAUAAAUGAUCACUCCCCUACAUUCCUGGAUAAGGAAAUACUUAUUCAAAUAUCAGAAAGUACCACUAUUGGAACCACAUUCCUAAUGGAGAGUGCCCAAGAUUUGGACAUAGGAAGGAACAGUCUCCAAAACUACACAGUUAGCCCCAAUUCUCACUUCUACAUUAAAAUUCGAGACAGCAGUGAUGGAAAGAUAUACCCAGAACUGGUUCUGGACAGAGAGUUAGAUCACGAGCAUGAGCCUGAGCUCAGACUAACACUCACAGCACUGGAUGGUGGCUCCCCACCCAGGUCUGGGAAAACUUUGGUUCUCAUCAAGGUCUUGGACGUCAAUGACAAUGCCCCUGAGUUUCCUCAGAGGCUCUAUGAGGUGCAGGUCCUGGAGGACACGCCCAUUGGCUCCUGGAUUAUCACCAUCUCUGCUAAGGAUUUGGAUGCAGGAAAUUAUGGGAAAAUAUCGUACACAUUUUUGCACGCAUCAGAAGAUAUUCGUAAAACAUUUGAAAUCAAUCCAGCAUCGGGUGACGUACAUUUGAGAUCAAGCCUGGAUUUUGAAGUAACACAGUCAUACACUAUAAAUAUUCAGGCAACAGAUGGUGGCGGUCUUUCAGAAGAAUGCACUCUUCUGAUUAAAGUAAUAGAUAUAAAUGACAAUCCACCAGAAGUGACCAUGUCGUCAAUUACAAAGAUAAUUCCAGAGAACGCCUCAGAGACCCUGGUUGCUCUUUUUAGUGUCCGAGACAAAGACUCUGGGGACAACGGGAGGAUGGUUUGCUCUAUUCAAGAUGACCUCCCCUUUUCUCUGAAACCGACCUUCAAGAAUUUUUUUACUCUAGUUUCGGAAAAAGCACUGGACAGAGAGAUGAGAGCUGAGUACAACAUCACCAUCACCGUCGCAGACAUGGGAUCCCCCAGGCUGAAAACCCAGCACACCAUAACCGUGCUGGUCUCCGACGUCAACGACAACGCCCCGGCCUUCACCCAAACCUCCUACACCCUCUGGGUCCGCGAGAACAACAGCCCCGCCCUGCACAUCGGCAGCGUCAGCGCCACGGACAGAGACGCAGGCGCCAACGCCCAGCUCACCUACUCGCUGCUGCCGCCCCAAGACCCGCACCUGCCCCUGGCCUCCCUCGUGUCCAUCAACGCCGACAACGGCCACCUGUUCGCCCUCAGGUCGCUGGACUACGAGGCCCUGCAGGCCUUCGAGUUCGGCGUGGGCGCCACGGACCGCGGCUCGCCGGCGCUGAGCAGCCAGGCGCGGGUGCGCGUGCUGGUGCUGGACGCCAACGACAACUCGCCCUUCGUGCUGUACCCGCUGCAGAACGGCUCUGCGCCCUGCACCGAGCUGGUGCCCCGGGCGGCCGAGGCGGGCUACCUGGUCACCAAGGUGGUGGCGGUGGACGGCGACUCGGGCCAGAACGCCUGGCUGUCGUACCGGCUGCUCAAGGCCACGGAGCCCGGGCUGUUCGGCGUGUGGCCGCACAACGGCGAGGUGCGCACGGCCAGGCUGCUGAGCGAGCGCGACGCGCCCAAGCACAGGCUGCUGGUGCAGGUCAGGGACAAUGGCGAGCCGCCGCGCUCGGCCAGCGUCACGCUGCACGUGCUGCUGGUGGACGGCUUCUCCCAGCCCUACCUGCCGCUGCCCGAGGCGGCGGCCGAGCAGGCGCGGGCCGACCCGCUCACCGUCUACCUGGUCGUCGCGCUGGCGUCGGUGUCGUCGCUCUUCCUCCUGUCGGUGCUGCUGUUCGUCGCGGUACGGCUGUGCAGGAGGAGCAGGGCCGCGUCGCUGGGUGGCUGCUCGGUGCCCGAGGGCCCCUUUCCGGGCCACCUGGUGGACGUGAGUGGCACCGGGACCCUGUCCCAGAGCUACCAGUAUGAGGUGUGUCUCAGGGGAGGUACCGGGACAAAUGAGUUUAAAUUUCUGAAGCCGAUUAUCCCCAAUCUUCCAGUCCAUGACACUGGUGGGAAUACGGGGGAAAAUGAGAACUUUAGGAAUAGCUUUGGAUUCAACAUUCAAUAAAAUAAUUUAUUUUAAACUUCUAACCUUUUAUUAUUCUUUGGAGAAAGUAUCUACUUUUUGCCUAUGUGUACUGGAUUUUAGGUUGCACUGUAGUUGCAUGCAGUAUCAUUUCUUACACUCUCCUCACAGUUGCUUUAAAAAUCUUUUUUAGUGGCCAUAAUGACGUGGAAAUACAAUCUAUGUGCUUUUUUCCCAUUUAUUUGGUCAAAAAUAUUAUAUUAGCAGUUAUUGCUAAUUUUUUUGUGACAAGUGAGUUGCUAUGCAGACAAUGUUAUUAUUUGGAGGUGCAAACUGAAGUAUUCAGAGUGAGUGCCACAAUAUAUGUAAUUUACUUCCAGACAUUUCAUUAAAGCAUAAAGGAAAAAUAAAAAAUGCUGUUGGAUCUGGGUGGAAAGCAUAAUGGCUUUUAUUGAAAAUGUUCAUCAUAAUGGGUAAAAAAUGCGAUCUCUCCAUAUUCAGUACUAGGGUACCUUAUUUCUUUGCUUUUUGUUGUGUAGUGUUUUUCAAGAAUUCACUUUAUGACAAAAUAAAAGUGAUCAUAUUCGAAUUA